UGACGCGACUGCUUCCCUUUACUCCUUCAUCUGAUCCUUGUUUCGUGUUGAACAUGUCUUCUCCUCCCGAAAUCAACCUACCGUCCGACGACGUCGAUAUGGAGGAUGCCACUGUUCCUCAGCCAUCAUCGGAUGCCAACCCAAAUCCCCUUUUUUUCAAGGGUAGCACCCCGUCAGCAGCAGGCACCCCAGUGUCUCGACGAAGACAAAACGCGCCUGAUAGUACACCUAUGACAGGAAUUAUAGCGAGGAGGGCAGUCGGAAUGGCUACACCGAAGAGGACACCACUUUUUGCAGGUGGAAGCUCGUCUCCAAUGGCAUAUCCAAGUUCUUCUCCUGCUAAAGGAAGUAGACAACGCGUGACUAUCGCUUCAGAUGGCCCACCAGAUUCAGACCACCUCGAUUUCCCUCAGAGCCCUUCUCUCCUUCAAACGCCUACUCCUAGGAACCGUCGAGGAGAUAUCCAUUCCUCUCUAUCGAUUACUCCCAGCUCAAGUGCACGUCGCCCCCGUCGGUCUGCCCCCAAUGUCGAGCGAUCCGACCCUUCCAACUCUGACGGUGCUAACCUCGACACCGCUCCACCUCUUUCUGCUCCAGAAGCAUCUUCCGAAGAACCAGAUGAGAUUCGUGCCAUCUGGGGUACCACCGUCAACCUCGCAGAAACUAUGAAGCUCUUCCGCGACUUUCUCAAAGGCUUCAAAACGAAGUAUCGUGUGGCUCACGACCGUGAGCACGGUCGGCCAACGCGUGCACUUGCCACUCCGGAGGAAGGGGAGGUGUUGUUGUAUGAGACUUAUCUGCGCCGAUUGAGGCAGACCGGCGAAACGAACCUGAAUCUGGAUAUGCAAAAUCUCCUGGCGUAUCCUCCUUCGAAGAAGCUUCAUGGACAGUUGGUCAAAUACCCACAGGAAGUUAUACCAGCUAUGGAUCAAGUCUUGAAAGAUCUUAUGCUAGAGACAGCGGAUAUGGAUCAGCAAGCUGGUAUGGAAGGAAUGGAGGGCGCUGAUGGCGACGACGAGAUCGCAGAUAUCAUGGGCAAGGUAUACAAAGUACGGCCGUUUGGCCUGAAGGCAGUCAAUAUGCGAGAUCUAAAUCCUACAGAUACGGAUAAGCUUGUCAGCAUCAAAGGCCUUGUUAUUCGUGCCACUCCCGUCAUCCCUGACAUGAAAGUUGCGUUCUUCCGCUGCUUGACAUGUUCACACACUGUCCAAGUUGAAAUCGACCGAGGCAAGAUCGAAGAACCAGCACGGUGUCCCCGAGACGUCUGUGCCUCCAUGGGGACAAUGUCGCUCGUCCACAAUCGUUGUGAAUUUGCCGACAGGCAAGUUAUCCGCCUGCAGGAGACUCCUGAUGCCGUACCUGAUGGCCAGACGCCUCACACUGUAUCUCUCAGCGUAUACGAUGAACUCGUCGACGUCUCAAAGCCCGGUGAUGGACUCAUCGUCUCUGGCAUUUUCCGCAGCGUACCCGUCAGAGUCAACCCGAACCAGAGGACAAUGAAGAGCCUUUUCAAGACGUACUUGGAUGUCGUUCAUGUUAAGCUCGGUUCGGGGACAGGGCUUGGAUUUGACAAAUCGACGCGCCCGGCCGGAGGUGACCGCGUACCAGGAGUUGGCGGAGUUGGGGACGGCGUUGAUGACGAGGAAGAAGAGCGAGGCCGGGAUGGGAGACAAACUCGCAGGGCUGAGAUGGAAGAUAAGAUUCGGCAGCUGAGCAUGAGACCGGAUAUCUACGAUGUGCUUUCACAAUCCCUUGCGCCUUCGAUCUGGGAAAUGGACGACGUCAAGAAAGGUAUCUUGCUGCAACUCUUCGGAGGCACCAACAAGAGCAUUGCUCGUGGUGGAGGUGGAGGUGGCCCACGAUACCGAGGGGACAUCAAUGUUCUAUUGGUCGGUGACCCGGGUACGAGUAAAUCGCAGAUCUUACAGUAUGUGCAUAAGAUUGCUCCCCGUGGGGUAUACACGUCUGGAAAGAGCUCGUCCGCUGUCGGUUUGACAGCGUACGUUACUCGUGACCCGGAUUCCAAACAGCUCGUUUUGCAAAGCGGAGCACUCGUUCUGAGUGAUGGUGGUGUCUGUUGUAUCGAUGAGUUUGAUAAGAUGGCGGAUGCCACACGGAGUGUGUUGCACGAAGUCAUGGAACAACAAACUGUAUCGAUUGCGAAAGCGGGAAUUAUUACGACCCUCAAUGCGCGAACAUCGAUCCUAGCCGCAGCUAACCCGGUCGGGUCUAAAUAUGAUGUUGACCUCCCCAUUACACGGAACAUUGAUUUACCUCCAACGCUUAUAUCUCGAUUCGACCUUCUAUACCUCGUCCUAGACCAGGUGGAUGAGACUCUUGACCGGCGACUAGCACAGCACUUGGUAGGACUUUAUCUGGAAGAUACACCGGCUUCAGCAAAUACUGACAUUCUACCCGUAAAUGAGCUCUCUGCAUACAUCGACUAUGCACGUAAUAAAGUCUAUCCCGUGAUCACCGAAGACGCAGGAGCAGAACUCGUCCGUUCCUAUGUCGAGAUGCGCAACAUGGGAGACGACCCGCGCGCGAGUGAAAAGCGGAUUACUGCGACGACUCGACAGUUGGAGAGCAUGAUCCGACUGUCGGAAGGCCAUGCACGGAUGCGAUUGUCUGAAUUCGUGGAAGUGGACGAUGUACGGGAGGCAUACCGGUUAAUGCGUGAGGCUAUCAGGACGAGCGCUAUGGAUCCUCGGACUGGGAAGAUUGAUAUGGGCAUGUUGAAUACGGGUACAGGACAAGGACAGAGGAAACUGAGAGAUGAUAUGCGGAAGGAGAUAUUGAAUGUUCUGAAUAGCACUGGAGGAGGAAGGGGAGUUAGAUGGGCCGAUGCUAUCAAAGCUCUUGGCAGCCAGAGCAGCGUCAGGAUCGAUCCCGCAGAGUUUUCUGAAGUCAUCAAAGGUCUGGAGAACGAAGGUCUGUUGAAGGUUGUCGGAGAAAGGGAUAGGCGUAUGAUUCGGAAGAUAGAUGGUUGAUGUACAGAUAUCUUGCUUUUGUAGCAUGCUUG